AGUAAAGAGGGCUGGAGAUUUAGCUCAGUGGUUCUGCCACCUGCCUCAUAAGCGCAAGGUCCUGAGUUCGAUCUCUGGUACCCAAAAAAAAAAUUAAGUAAAGGACUGGGGAUGUAGUUCAUUGAUAGGGUCCUGGGUUCAAUUCCCCAGCACUGGGAAAAAAAAGAAAAAUGAAAAAAUCAGUUGGCCUUACUAAUAAGUUUGAAGGCAGCCUCAUGGUCAGCCGAGCCUCAGGGAGGUGAGGGGCUUGACAGGGAAGCACAGAGGCAUGUGUCCUAGAAGGGCAUAACGGAAACAGCUUGCUUUCCUGAGGAAGACAGAGGAAGGUGUAUCCCUCAUCCUAGUCCUUCCUGUGCCAAGUGCAGGAAGGAAUUGUUUGGGUGGGGUGAUUGGCAAGUUGGGAGUAACGUUGGGCUCAAGACACCCUGCCAGCUGGAUGUGGCCAGAGCAGGGGGAGGUUCUCCUGCAAUACACCCCUCUGUCAGGGAGGUUUGGAGAGGGCUGACGAGCAUCUCAGGGGAGGACCCAUCAUCUUUGCCCCAAAACACAAGAUGAGUGUCUGCUUGGUGCAUUCUAACUGCAGUGUUCCUCUGAGGCAGACAUAGACAUUCCUAUCUUAUGCAUGAGAAAACUUGGGCCAGGAAAAUAUCUGGAAGCAACAGGACACCCACUUAAGGUGGCUCAGCAGCCAAGAAAUGUGCUGGAUCUCUUCCUGCAGUGACACAGCUGUCCAAGUAUCCUUGAGCAUCCAAGAUAGCUUGGUUCUUAAUCCAAGGUCUUACUUCAUAGCCCCAUCCUAGCCUUGGGGUCCCCAGAGGGCAUAGCUCUGGGCAACAGGAGGUACACAAGGGCAUCCCUGGUCGGGCAGGGCCUGACUGAGCAGGCUGUCCCAUCCUUGUCACAGACACCAGGGCAUCAUGGGCAGUGGCUGGCUGUGUCUUCCUGGAUGAGCUUGGGCUCUAGUCUUUCACACUUGGCUCAUCUCUCCCUUCUGUGGCCCUUUGUGGCCACUGCCUUGGGGAGGGGGCCGAAGCCACACAUACAGCAAAGGGGUGGGCCUGAAGCACCUAUGAGUAGACAGGCUGACUCCUCCAUGGGGCAUGGACACCGGGAAGCACGUCUGAGCGAGUAUGAUAGCUCAGGGGUGGAGAAGCCGGACCAUUGAGCAAGAAUAUGGUUGAUUCCCAUGUUGGAUACGAGCUGUCUGUCCGCAAAGGACUGUUGCGUGUCCGUGCCAGGGGGCGCCAGAGAGCUGGAGGUGCAACGCUCUAGGCUCGUCCAAGCUCGGUGACUCUCGCAGCCCUCCGGCGCUAGGGCGCAUGCGCAAACAUUUUGUCCUGGCUCUUGUUUCCGAGCUCUGGAGCACAGGAGGGCACGGUUGGGAAGGAGGCUCCGGAGCCUGCAGGUCCUGCCUGGCCGAGCACCGGUGGUCUGCCCUUCGUUUUGUCCCUAGUUUUGGCUCUUUCGGAGGGUUGAUACCAACUGUACUGGAGUACGCUCGUCGGGCACCAGCCGUCCAGCUGUGGCCCUGUGCGGAUGGGCCUGCACCUCGUCAUACCCCACACAAAGUCCGCACCACCCGACGCUGGCUAUGCGCGCAAAGCUGCUGCCACUAGCUGGUCUCUACCUGGUGCAAGGCCUUCCUUAUGGGUUGCAGUCUGGCCUGCUACCUCUCUUGAUGCGAGCCCGCGGCCUCUCCCUCGCACGCGUAGGUCUGAUCAAGGGGCUGUACGCACCGUGGCUGUUCAAACUGGCAUGGGCACCGCUGUUAGACAGGCGGGGCUCCCCGCGGGCCUGGCUGGCACUCAGCACAGCGGCGCUGGGCCUGGUGUGUGCGUUGCUGGCUGCAAUGCCUCCCGCCGUGUCUGGCCAGGCGGGGCUGCCCGCCACCGUAGUGGGCCUGCUACUACUGCUGAACCUGGGCGCUGCUGUGCAGGAUGUGGCCCUGGACACAGUGGCUGUGCAACUCCUGGAGCCAGCCGAGCUGGGACCCGGCAACACUGUGCAGGUGGUAGCUUACAAGCUGGGCUCAGCGCUGGCUGGGGGCGGGCUGCUGGCCCUCUUGCCCAGUCUCACUUGGCCACUGUUAUUUCUACUCCUGGCUGCCACCUACUGGCUAGCUGCUGCCUUGGCCUGGGCUGCAGCAGCCCUGCAACAGCUGCCCUGGCCUCAACCCUCAGAGCACACUCCACGCCAUCUGCAAGAUUUGCUGGCUGUGCCCGGGACCUUGUGGACAGCAGGCUUUGUGCUAACCUACAAGUUGGCUCCAGCCACAGCCCUUUGGGUUGCUCAGUUUCCUGCAGGUGAACAGGGUGCUGGUAGCCUGUUUCCACUCCUCUUGUUGGACCAUGGUGCUUCUGCCUCUGAGCUGGGGCUGUGGAGUGGCUUGGGUGCAGUAGCCUGCUCCAUUGCUGGCUCCUCCUUGGGCGGGGCCCUACUGGCCAGACACUGGCAGCCACUGCCUUUGCUGAGGUCAGCGCUUCAACUUCGCCUUGGAGGCCUGGCCUGCCAGACCGCCCUGCUUUUCCACCUGGACACUCCAGGAGCCAGUCUGGGCCCUGGCACCAUGCUGAGAGGAGCGGCCUUGCUGAGUCUGUGUCUGCAGCACUUCCUGGGGGGCCUGGUUACCACCACCACCUUCACUGUGAUGAUGCACUGCAGCCAACUGGCACCCAGAGGCCUGCAGGCCACACACUACAGCCUCUUGGCCACACUGGAGCUGUUGGGCAAACUGCUGCCGGGCACCCUGGCUGGAGUGCUGGCUGAUGGCCUGGGUCCAAAUCCCUGCUUUGGUGUCUUCCUUGUGCUCUCAGCCCUGCCCCUUCUGGAACUGUAUCUGGCAACCAGCACCUUGGGCUGAGCUGAGCAGCAGGACUGUCAAAGUCAAGUGUGCCUAUGGCUGAAUGCUUGUCUAGAACAUGUGAGAUGCAGGUGUCCCGAGGCUGACAGUGGCCUCUUUUGAAAGAAAAGCCCAUAAAACAACUUGAACACA